AUGAAUGAUGUCGGAACACUAACACCACCGCCUAUGUCGCCCAGUGCAUGCCGUUCACAGAGUGACCAGAGAACAAAGCAUGCCAUCGCCAUCGCUGGCGACAGGAGUUCCGCAAGACUCAGCGGUCUGGCCCUCGCGCAACUACGCCGGCCGGCAACUUGGGUGGGCACUGACGCCACGAAUCCUUGGUACUACUCUGGCUCACGACAACCGCAUCUACCUCCAUAUGCCAGUAUGCGCUCGCACGAUAGCUCCUAUGCUACUCUAGUAACUCCGUUGUCAUCCGAAUCAAUGUAG